AUAUUCGUGAAAAUGCUUAAAUGCAAUAUUUGUCUUAAAACAAUAUCUAAAAGGAACUUAAAACUGCAUCUUACGUUUGCACAUGAAACACGUGUUAAUUCUAUAAUUUAUACUUGUCCAUAUAAAGCUUGUGGGCGUUCUCUAUUAAGAAAAUAUACAUGUACUUGUAUAUUAAUACGAAAUGUUAUAUUUGGUUUUUUACAUGUUCAUGAAAAUAUGUAUGUAUAUGUAUAUUAAUGUUAAAAUUAGUUUUUUAUAUGUGUAAAACAAUUCUUUUAUUUUUGUUUAUUUAGUUUGUUUCAAAGCAAUAUUUAGCUCUUUAUAAUCAGGAUUUAUUGGAGUGUUCUCUUUGUUUUCAACUAUUGCUUUAUUCUUAAUGUACUUUUUUAAAUUGUUGCAUUUGUUCCACAGUUUUCCGUUAGCAAGACGUUUUUGUUUUGCAUUACUUGGAACAUAAUAUGUCGAUGUUGUUUCAUAUUUAAAAAGGCUGACUAUUUUAGAUUUUACUGAAAGUAUAUUGGAGCAAAAAAAGCAAAAUUUUUUGUUUCGAUAUUUCUGCAUUCACAAAAUGUUAACAGGGUGAUAUAAUAGGCCUUAAUAAAUGGAAAUAUACCAUUUUAGAAUUAUUAUGCCAACCUGUAUAUAUGUUAUAAUGAGUUAAAUGGCGUAUUAUUAUGAACACAUAACAUGUUUAAAAACCUUAAUAUUUUUUACGUAUUAGAUGCAAUAUACAAGAUGUCUAUAUACCUUAUAGUACAAAAUAAGUACGAAAUAUAAUAUGUAACCCUUAUUAGUAUAUAGUAAUCUAUUUAUUGUAUAGCACCUCCAACAAUAUAAAUAAUGUACAAUCCGUAUCAAUAAAAAAAUGUUAAAUAUGAACUUGUUAGUAUUGUUAAAUUAACCUUUUAAAAUUGUUAAAAACAAUUAAAUUAAAACCUCGGAGCGCUCUCCGAGUAUUCUGCCUUUCUAUUUCAAAUGUCGAGUAGUUGAGAAUUCCUGAUAGUUUAAUAUAGUAUUAUAGAUGUCGCUUGCGACCAUUUCAACAGAAAACAGUAUAUUCCUGUCAUAUAAUACUUUAUUUCAUGCCGGAAUUGUGUGUUUACUGCGAACAGUUUCCGUUAUCCACCGGCUUCGAAUUGGCUUCGAAUCGGCUUUUCGAAUUGCAUUGAAACGUCGUAACAUUGUUGUAAUAAUGCCGAAAAAGAGAAUAUAUGCAAAUAAGAAAGGGAGUAGAGCAAGUACUUCACGUGCAAGUCGAAGUUCAAUAAAGAGAAGGCAACCUUUAAAUAAGUAUUCUUUAGAAGGCGAAACUGAAAGUGUGAGCACGUCGGCGAAAAAACUGAAAACGAGUGCGGACGAUUACGAGAUACACGUGGACAAAACUUUUGGGUAUUGUUUCAUUAAUUUUGUUACCGUUUUUACAAGCAUUUCGCAAUUAAUUGUUUGCAAAACGUGUGGCUCGAACAUCAAGUUUGAAGAAUCCAGUUGUCGCGGUCUAGGUUUCAAAAUUGCUGUUAUUUGUGAAAAGUGCGUGCCAAAAUAUAUUAACUCUAGCCCACUUAUAAACAAUCACGCUUACGACAUAAAUCGCCGAAUGGUAUUUACAAUGAGAUUACUCGGUAUAGGAAUCAAUGGGAUUAAAAAAUUUUGUGCAUUUAUGUGUUUGCCGAUACCAGUGUAUCAGUCUUUUUAUGACAAAAUAAUUUCAAACAUUCGUGUUGCCACUAAUGCUGUGUGUGAAACUUCAAUAAAACGAGCAGCUGCAAAAGAAAAGGAGAUGUCAUUGGAAAGAGGACAGGUAGACGGGAUAACGGUUUCUAGUGACAGGACCUGGAGAAAGAGGGGAUUCUCGUCUUUGUUCGGUGUCGUAUCACUAAUAGGGUGGUGCACGGGAAAAGUCGUCGACAUUGCAAUGAAAUCUAAAUUCUGUAAGGCCUGCAGUUUGUGGAACGAAAAGCAAAAAACAAGCGAAUAUGAAGAAUGGGCUGCAAAUCACGAAGCAAAUUGCGAAAGAAAUCACGAAGAUUCGUCGGGAAAGAUGGAAGUAGACGCAGUCAUAGAAAUGUUUCAGCGGUCCGAAAAAUUGCACAAUUUAAAAUAUUCUCAUUACAUCGGUGACGGGGACAGCAAAACAUUCAAAGGCAUUUUAGAUUCGAAACCUUAUGAUGAUUUGAAUGUUUGUAAAAAAGAAUGUAUAGAUCACGUUCAAAAACGUAUGGGCACGAGAUUACGUAAUUUGAAAAAAAAUAUAAGAGGUCUUGGAGGCAAAUUGACAGGCAAACUGAUCGACGAGUUGACAAUAUACUAUGGUCUAGCUAUUCGCAGAAAUCCUAAUUCCAUUGAAGAUAUGAGACGAGAAAUAUGGGCGACUUUAUUCCACAAGAUUUCCACAGACAGCGAACCGCAGCACGACCGUUGCCCAGUCGGAGAAAACUCUUGGUGUUCUUGGCAGCAGGCGAAAGCGCACAACGAAUUACAUCAUUACCAACACAAAGCAGCUUUGAAUAAUGAAGUUUUUAAGGCUGUUCAACCAAUUUAUGAAGAACUAAGUCGAGACGAGUUGCUAUCCCGCUGUGUUGGCGGGUUUACCCAAAACAGCAACGAGAGCUUCAAUUCUGUGCUGUGGGCAAUAGCACCGAAAACCGUUCAUAGUAACAAAGCAAUCGUUGAUAUUGCCGCAAAUAUUGCAGUUUGCAAUUUUAACGAUGGUUUGCACAGCAUAAUAGAAAUUAUGCAAGUCUUAAAUUUGAUAAUUGGCAGUACUUGCUACAAUUUCUGCGUUGAAACAGACGAACGCCGGAUCCGCGCAGCUGAGCGCGCCAUGACCGAGGAAGCUCAAGAAGCUCGUAGGCAGCAGACAUCAGCUCGGAAGGCCACAGAUGACGAGUAUAUAAAUGUAGAAGGUCAACUGUAUGGUGCAGGCAUUGCAGAUUAACGUCAGCCGGAAUCCUGCACACCGAUUGGACCGGCAUAGCGCAAAGAGUCAUCUUUGUCGCCAUCUACAGGAUAUUCUUUUAAGUAUUUUUUAAUUUAAAAAAUAUAUUUUAUAACUAAAAACUAUAAUAUAAUCAACCCUCAAAUCUGUUUUUUGAUUACUCUAUUCCUUAGAUGUGAAAAAAAAUUAAUGAAAAAGAGGAAAAAUUUCUUACGCAAAGGUGUUAUAACCCCUUAAGUAACGCGCCCUAUUUUUUAUGCUUGGCGCCCUCGGAUACUAUAAAUUAUAGUGAAAUUAUGGUUAUUUCGACUUUUUUUCAGUGAUAAUAUUAAUAAAUAUCUACCAAAAAGUUUUCAAAAAAUUAAUAAUUUUAAAUGUUAAUUAAUUCAUCGUUAGAUAAAACUGAAUCGCGAACCGAGAGACGGACGCUAAAACGGAUGUACAUCGGACAUAUUAGUUGGGCGCUCGUUACUUUUCACUCCAAUAGCCAUAACCCGAUACCCGUGUCGGUUCUCGCCACGAUAUCGAAAAACAAUCAGAAGCUCACACUAGCGCGUGUCUCGCGACCCUUCUGUAAUCACGCACUGUGUUCUUAGUGGGAGGCAGAAGAAAACACGGAAGAGAGAGCAUCCCCGCGUGACCUCGAGUUAAUUCUCAUCGUAUAUCCUCCCUUUCGAUACUUCCGGGUUCCCUUUAUCAAUUUCUCCGUCUCUUUCCCACUCACUCGCCCUUUCCGUUUCCUAUCUCCCGCGCUCCGCUUUCAGCGUCUCUCGUUUUCACGAGCACGCUCCUCAUUUCUACGGGCUUGAUCCGACGACGAGGAGAAAAAAAGCUCGAGAGUCAGGUGCCAGUUAUCGGGAAAGUCGAUAGUGAUAUGAAAUAUGGCUCUGUAAGGUAAUAGCGGCAUGCCGUCUUCCUUUUCUCGCAAACGCCGGAAUAACGUGUCUCGUUAACCACGCCGUCGUAUAUCUCCGGGAUUCUGAUCUCUUCUGCUUCGUAACGUUCCGCUCGGUAUGCUUAAACUUGAGCCGACCUAACAACUGUAUGCGAAAUAUGCGAGUGAGUGUCGAUACCGGAAUGCUAUGCCAGGAAAACGAGUACUUCGAAGCGCGUGCAUAAUCCGCGUCCCAAAACGCGACAAACUUCCAGCAGCGCUACUAAGUAAUGGAGCUUUAUUAGUCGUAGUACAAUUUCAAGUGGACUGAGCGAAUUGAUAGAAUUCUUGAAUGAGUUUAAGCUGACUUACACGAAACUAUCGACUUUAAUUGGCGAAACUUUCUUACUAACGUAAAAUGUUGAAUGCUCCGAAAUUCGAAAAGUUGUAACAAACGACGAUUCCACUCAACAGAAUUCGCUGAAAGAGAACUCACUGCACAUUUCGACGCUACGAGGAACAACGCCAGGUCGAUUUCCGUCAAUUCUAAGACCCUUAUAAAAUUUCUUUUACAAAAUUCUAUCUAUCUCGACAUAAUAUGUAUUUAAGAAUC